CCGAUUGCAUGAAGAAAUCCCUCCUCUGGCUGCUGCUCCUGAGCUGCUGCUCAACGCCGUGCUCCGGCUCCGGCGACGAGCCCGACGUCCGCUGCCUCAAGAGCUUCCUGCGAUCCGUGGUUGAUCCCGGGGGCGCACUGAAAUCCUCGUGGAAUUUCAACAACGCCACAAAGGGUUACAUCUGCGGCUUCACCGGUGUAACGUGCUGGUCCGCUGACCAGCACAGGGUCUGGUCGCUGCGCCUCAGCGGCCUGGGGCUCCAAGGCCCCUUCCCCCGGGGACUGCGGGACUGCGCGAGCAUGACCGGCACCCUCGACCUGUCGAGCAACAGCUUUGCCGGACCGAUCCCCGCGGACAUCUCGCUGCAGCUCCCGUUUGUAACGUCUCUUAACCUCUCGUACAACGGCUUCCGGGGGCCGAUCCCGCAGGGCAUGGGGAAGAUGGGGGAGUUCCUCGCCCACGUCGACCUUGGGCACAACCAGCUCAGCGGCCAGAUCCCCUUGGAGCUGUCCAGGCUUCGUUUUCUGGCCUCGAUGAACGUUGCGAACAACUCGUUGUCCCGGCCGAUCCCGGCUUUUCUGCAGGGGUUUCCGGCGGCGUCCUUUGCCGGCAACGACGGGCUCUGUGGCGCUCCGUUGGAUCGUCGUUGCCCCGCCUCCGCAAGGAGUCGAAUGCAAAUCAGCGGCGAGUCGAGUGUCGGGGCGGCUGUCGGGUUCGUCCUGGGCUUUUUGGUGGCCUUCUACUUCCCGCAGUGGUUCUCCCCGAGGAUCCACCCCUACGUCUACCGCUUUCUCUGAAGAUUCCCCGUUCAUAGAAUUCCAGGAAGCCGGAUGAGCACUUUGGACUGUGGUUUCAGCUUUUUUUCAUGGAGUGAACUGUAUGUGGAGGAGGCCAAGUGUCGGUGUCAAAAUCGACGGAUCUCGGGUAGGGGGUCCCGAAUUAUGCGUCUAAGGCGGAUGGUAACAGGAGGCAGGGGACACUAUGUUUUACCCAAGUUCGGGCCCUCUUG